UAAUUAAACCGAAAUAAUCAUAAAUCAAAGGGCUUUAUAGUCAAUUUGGAGGUAGACAAAAUCCCAGGACCCAUGUCCAAGUCCAGGAAAACGCGUAACAUUAAACACACUAAGCAUCAAACCCGGGUUUUGGAAAAGGCCUUCGUCUUUUAACUCCAACCCGCCAUGUGUAGCAACAGAAAAAGAAAAAAAAAUGGCCGAUAUUUGAAGAAGAAGAACUGAAGAAGUGAAAGCUUUGAAGAAAAUGGCGGAGCUAGGGUUUCAAGAACAAAGCUCAGUGAGAUCAGGUUACAGAGCUCGGGAUGCCAGCCCUGACUCUGUUAUAUUCACUCCGGAAUCGAAUCUCAGCCUCUUCUCUUCGGCUUCCGCUAGUGUCGAACACUGCUCUUUUGCUUCCGAUGCUCACGACCACGAUUCUCUUGCUUCCGAACUCUCUUUACAUUUGGCAGGACAUGAAGGAGGAAAACAGACUGAGUGUUCGAGUGGACCAGAUCCAGAUCCAAACAAAGUUAUAACAGUCUAUAAGCACAGUCGCCUCUCCAGAAACGGAGAAAAAGUGAAAGUUCAAAAAGAUGAAAACGAUGCAGCUAAUAUAGAGGACGAAUAUCAACUCAUAGAUUCAGCAAGAAACUCAUUCUGUCUUGCUCUUAAAGAGGGUAAGGAUAGGAGGAUUAGAUCUGAAGCUUUGUUGAAGAAUCCUGAUAGGCGAAGACCGGCUUCCUUAGAUCUAAAUAAUGUCUCUGCUUCGUCUCCUCGGUUGGGGACUAUAAAGAAAAGCUCCGUUGCAACACGGAAAUUGGGUGCAUUUCCUAGUCCCGGGACUCCCAAUUAUCAUCAUCAUCAUCAUCACUUGAGUGCUGGGAUGCAGAAGGGUUGGAGUUCUGAGCGCGUGCCAUUGCAUUACAAUGGUGGAAUGAGGCAGGGAAAUGCUGCUGGGGUGUUGCCUUUUAACAAUGGAAGGACUUUGCCUUCAAAGUGGGAAGAUGCUGAGAGGUGGAUUCUUAGUCCUGUUUCUGGGGAUGGUGGUGUGAGGCAAUCCGCGGUGCCACUACAUAGAAGACCAAAAUCAAAGAGUGGUCCACUUGGUCCUCCUGGGAUUGCUUACUAUUCGUUGUACUCACCUACGAUGCACAUGUUUGAUGGGGGGCAUACUGGGAAUUUCAUCACCGGCUCUCCGUUUUCAGCUGGUGUAAUUGCAGCUGAUGGUUUGAAAAUUCAUUCUCGUAGUCAUGGUGGAGGAUUUGCUGUUCGGACUGAGCCUUGCAUGGCCCGUUCUGUUAGCGUGCAUGGAUGCUCUGAGGUAGUCGACCCACCAUCGGUGCCUUCUCAAGUCAAGGAUGCAGCCACUUAUAUGUCUCGCACUGUUUCAAGGAGAGACAUGGCAACCCAAAUGAGCCCACAGAGUAGCACCCACUCAUCUCCCAAAGGAAGGCUUUCUUUCUCUCCCUCCACCCCUUCUGCUCUACGUAUCAUGGAACUGCAAAGCAUCCACUCCUCUAAAUCAGAAGUGAGAGAUGUGCAAGUAGAUGAAAAGGUCACCAUGACUAGGUGGUCAAAGAAGCUUAGAGCUCGAAACACUGGGAAGAUCUCAGAAAUUGUUGAUGACUGGAGAAAGAGAGCUGUUGACACUUGUACAUCAACUUGGGAUGUGACAGAGACAGCAAAUAACAUUUCCAAGGUCAAAAGAGAAGAAGCCAAAAUCACUGCAUGGGAGAACCUGCAGAAGGCAAAAGCUGAGGCAGCCAUAAAGAAACUAGAGAUGAAGCUGGAAAAGAAGAGAUCGUCAUCAAUGGAUAAGAUAAUGAAAAAGCUGAGAUCAGCUCAGAAGAAAGCCCAAGAAAUGAGAAGCUAUAUGUUAGCCAAUCAGACCCACCAAGUUACAAGGACCUCACAUAAGGCUAUAUCAUUCCUUCGAACCCGCCAUAUGGGUUCAUUGAGUGGUUGCUUUACCUGCCAUGCAUUCUAAGGCCUCAUUUAGCUAGCAUUUACUGGUUCAAUCAGUCUUGAAAUGCCGGCUUGAGGGACGAAGACCACUGGAGACAAUGAAUAUUGUACAGGAAGCAAGUAUUAUACUGACACCAAAUUGGUGUCACUGCAGUUUUGCCUGAAUGAAGCACCACUACCUACAUCAAGGUUCCAGAUUAGUACAAGAACCCAAUUGUCAUGUCCUAGGACUUCAAAAUUUCCUGAAUGCUUGACUAAUAAAAUCCUGUAUGCAUGCAUGUAUGUAUGUAUAUCAACCUGUCAAAAUAUUUUUUUUCUUACUAUGACAGUUUGCCGUGGAAAUGGAAAUAUCAUUCAUCCCUUUUACCUUCUUUUUCUCACAAGAAGUCAGAAUUCUUGAGAACAAAUAGAUGCCAAGCAUUUCAAUUUUGUCAUUAAAACUUGUGUAUUCACAUAUUUAUUCUGAUUUUUGCAUUCGUGUUCAUGGUAUAUAUCCUUCCAGUUAUUCAUAUCUGCCAAUAAUGAGCUUUGUAAGUAUUGAAUUAUCUUUUUCAUUCUCUUUUAAGUUCGUGUUUGUAUACAGGGUCUGGAAGCGGACGAUCCGGGGGCAAGGUUCCCAAUCGGGUAGCAUUCACAUAAUCUUGAGGGAAAUGAGCCGAUAUUCCUGGUAUUACUAUUCCAAUUAUCCUCCACAUUCUCAAAAACCACCCUUCCUGUAGGGCAGGAUGAAACCCCUAAUAAGCUCCCAAACUGCAUUCAUGAUCUAUGGUAACACCCAUAGCAAAGAGAAGUAAUUCUUGUUGGGUUCAUCCGACAAAACGUGCAUUGCAAAAUUUUAGUUUCAAAGCCAUCCCUAUGGUUUUCAAAUCAAAAUAAAACUCUGAUAAAAGGCACUUGCCUUCCCUUUAUGGCAGCUAUUGAAAUAGAGUCAAAGUCCAAAAUGCUUG